UGGUUCGUAUUCUCCGUCCAUUUGUUUUGCAGUGUGGUUUGGUGCGUCACGCUGAUGCGUUGAUUACGCCAGCAAUAAUUAAGCUCAUCGAUACGUUUGAACUUGUAACGUUUUUAAGUUGUGCACAUUCGUAAGCGGCACGCCGCGAAACGUGCUACCGUGCGAUUGGUAUCACGCGGAGGCGGACGACGCGCUAUUUCGCGACUCAACGAGAUUUGGCACAUCGCGUGCGUAAUUCAUCUCGAAUUCAUUGUAACACGAUCCCGACAACUCCUACAACUCAUCGCUUUGUUUGCAUCAAAGAACAAAAUCAAUAUCUUUAAUUUGAGGCAAGUCUAACGGUAGUACGACCCAAUAAACCGAAAUGUUUCACGCUGGAUUAAAUAAAUAUUAAAUAAAUGUGUCUACGACGCGCAUAAACGUACGGUAAAUGUUUACACAUCGUAAAUUGUUGCUACUGCACGCGUUGUCAACAACGGCGCUUUCCACGUCAAUUUUACAAACAUAUAAACACGAAUGAUGCAAUUGGCAGCUGCAGUGGCGUCGCCCAUUGUUAUCUGAAGAAUAGGCGUGCGGAGAAGCGGAGAGGAGGCUGUGCCCCAGAGGUAAAUAUGCGUUGGGUGCAUUAAUACACGGUGCGACGAGAUGAAAGCCACACGACACCAAAUUAGACGUGUCGAGCUAAUGCAACGGAGCCGAAGAAAAUAUUCGGCUGGCGAACUGCGUUGGGCGCUGCAAGACUGAAGAAGUUGAGGAUGGACGAUGCCGAGGAGGAAUUUGGCGAUAUUCGAGAGCAGAUCUUUCAUAACAACGUCCGGGAGCAAAUUAUAUUUCUCCUCCUAUUUAUAAUCUUAUACGUAGCGAGUUUCACGCUCCUGGAAAGAUUUAAGCGUCGCGGUGUAGAGGACUAUUACAGCACCGAUAAAGAUGAGAUCACUGUGUAUAGGAUCAGCACGUGGUUAUGCACGUUUGCUUUGUCGAUUAGUAUCGGCGCCGUGCUGCUUCUGCCCAUAUCCAUCGUCUCCAACGAAGUGCUGUUGCUCUAUCCUAAUAGCUACUAUGUCAAAUGGUUGAAUAUUUCACUGAUUCAAGGUCUUUGGAAUUACAUAUUUUUAUUCUCGUUUAUUAGUCUUAUCAUUUUUCUGCCCUUUGCGUACUUAUUCACUGAGUCGGAGGGCUUCUUUGGACAUCGGCGCGGUUUAAUGGGCCGUAUCUAUGAAACCAGUGUCGUUCUAGGUCUCCUUGCACUGACAAUGCUCGGAAUUACCUUUGUGAUGAACGCUAUUAUAAAUCAACAUAAAUCCAGCUUUCAGAUAUUUCUCGAUUUAUGGAGUUAUCAUUUACCAUUCCUGUACUCAUGCAUAUCAUUCGUCGGGGUGUUGAUGUUGCUCGUCUGUACACCUCUCGGUUUUGCGCGGUUGUUUGAUGUUGUGGGCAAGUUCCUUGUCAAGCCUCAAUUCCUUCGUGAUAUCAACGAGGAGUACGAGUCUUGUGCGCUGGAGGAAGAAACGCUUCGGCGUCGCUUGAAACAUGUGCAAGUGUCGGGCGAUUGUUAUAUGUCACCCACGCCGAUGUCCUUGGAUGGACGUCCGCCGGUGCAGGACGACGAGUACGGAUUUCCCGAGGGAUUCCUUAGGCAACGCAACGGCGAACUGCGCAGUGGCCUGAGUCGUAAAUUGACUGAAAUUGAAGCAAAACGUAAAGUUCUAGAUAAACAAAGGCAAACUUCAUGGUUUCGCCGCAACGUGCUGAAUCCAGUUGCAAUGCUGUUGUUGUUUAGUCUGACUGUUUUAACGGUUUUAAUAGUCAUACAAAACACCAUUCAACUACUGAUAGGCAUGAAAGCUUUGCCUUUAAGUUCUAGACAAUUUACUUUAGGUAUAAGUUCCUUAUCCCGUUUGGGAUUAUUUGGAGCAAUAAUAGAAAUUGUACUGAUAUUGUACCUCAUCGUCACGUCUUCGGUGGGUUUGUACUCUUCACCGCUGAUGAAGAACAUCAGACCUCGAAGGCAACGCACACCAUUCAAUCUUAUCAUAGCCAACUGCGCUUUGGUGCUGAUUUUGAGUUCGGCUUUACCUUUAUUGGCCAAAAUUUUAGGCAUAACAAAUUUUGAUCUGCUGGGUGAUUAUGGAAGCAUCGAGUGGCUGGGCAACUUCAAAAUCGUCCUCUUGUAUAAUUUAGGAUUUGCGGGCGCCGCCACACUGUGUUUAUUCAACAAGUUCACGGCUAAGGUGCGCCGCGAGCUGUACGCACGUUUUACCAAUGUGUUGGAGCGAAAGAACUCGACUGAUUGUCAACUUACUUUUGUGCAUCCGGAAUAAAUUUAAUUCUCACCCGCGUCACAGCGAAUCUUUGUUGUAAAGUUGAGUGUUUGUAAAUAUAUUUAUUAUUACUCGCGAUGAGAUUAUGUGUUAAGUUAUACUAGUCGCAUAUUGUUAAAUUUUAGAAGACACUUUAGCUUUUACUACGAAAUACAAGGAUAUGUAUUCCAUAAA